AUGACUGGCGACGGUAGUGCACAUAAUUCGAAAAACAAUCAAAAUCAACACAAAGAUCGCUUCAAGUUUAUUGUGAAUGAUAAAAGUAUUCUAGGACCUCAAUGGCUAAGCCUUUACCAAACGGAUGGUAAAGUGACAUUUGCGAAGUCCCACUUCGAGCAAGCAAUGAUGAAUGUCAUUAGAGAACCAAAUAUUAACUCUACUGUUAUAUUAAGAGCGGAUAUUUUGAAAGAGAUCAAUCAUGCUUCAGAGGCUGAGCCUGAGCCAAAAUUUGACGAGUCCGUAUUGAAAAAGUUUGAAAUUGAUAAUAGCAAUGAUGGUGGUGAGGAAGAUGUCAAGAAGAUAAACAUUGAAGAUUUAAAUAUAAGGUCGUGUGAAACCACCGGGAAUUUGAAACUGUUGCCCGUUCAUGAAUUUGUGAGGAGGAUCAUUCCAAGGAAUUUUUACAAAGAUGCUAUCAUAAACCAAACGUGUUUAAUCCUAAAUAGCAAAGACCCUAAUUUUCAGGAAACCUCAUUGAUUAUAUAUACGCCACACAUUAACUCUGAGAGGGAUUGUCCGUUUUAUAUUCCAAGAACGCAAAGUGUAGGCAUUCUAUUACACCAGUCAGUUCUUUCUGUACAUUACAUUCCCUUUCCCGAGGACAAAACUGCCUUUACAGAUGAAUCCGAGCGUGUUGUAAGAACUGCAUAUAGGUUAUUGCAAACUGCUAACAAACACUCAAAAGGUGUCAUGCAGGGUUAUGAAAAGAGGGUCAACCACGAUCAAGUGGUAAAUAAAGUCAAUUUCCAAAACACAUAUAUUGUUUUGAAGAAAAAAUACUCCAAAUUCUUGGUGGAAAACUGGGCGGAAUCGACUGACCCAAAAAAACACGUGUUUGAGGACAUAGCUAUUGCUGCUUUUUUGAUUGAACUAUGGAUUAAGGUGUAUGGUCCAGACUUCCGUUCAAAAAUGCAAUUUAGAGAUUUGGGAUGCGGCAACGGUGCUCUUUGUUACAUUUUGUUGAGUGAAAGUAUAAAAGGACUCGGUAUAGAUGCAAGGAAACGUAAAUCCUGGUCUAUCUACCCGCCCGAAGUGCAAUCAUCGUUAAAGGAACAAGUUAUAAUACCUUCUAUUCUUUUAAGGCCUCAUCCUGCUUUGAAAAGACAAGUACCUCAUUUAGAACAUAACGGGAGAUUUUUCCCAGUCAAAGUGACGCACGAAGUGAUUGCCCCCGCAACCGUCGUAUAUUCAAGCGAAGACUUACUGAAAUCCCCACAGGUCAAUACAGCAGAGUUCCCACUAGAUACUUUUAUUAUAGGUAAUCACUCAGAUGAGUUGACUUGCUGGAUCCCAUUAUUGGGUCAUCCGUAUAUGGUUAUACCUUGUUGCUCCCAUAAUUUCUCUGGUCAAAGAGUCCGUUUUAACGUAAGGAAACGUUCAUCUGGAUCAAAUGAAAUCAAAAACCAAAAUAACAGCAAAAGCACCUAUUCUGGUUUAGUUGAUCACGUUGAAUAUAUUUCGUCUCGAGUAGGCUGGAAAGUAGAAAAAGAGAUGUUGAGGAUACCAAGCACAAGAAAUGCCGCCAUUAUAGGUGUAGAAAAUGGAACAUUGAAGCAUUUCCCAACACAAGCGGUUUAUGAUAUGAUUUGGGAAGAUGGUGGAGCUGAGGGGUGGAUUCAGAACACAAUGACCUUAUUGAAGAGAAAUCCAAGAAACCAUUAG